UGUUUUUCUGAGAGGUUAAACAGCACCUGAAUUUUCACCAUGUGAAUUCUUGGCCUCCUGAGCCACAGAUGUCACUCUGGCAGAAACUGGCUUAAAUUUUAUAAUACACAGUGUGAGUGUCAUGACCUCUGACCUCCCCAAAUUAUACAAACAGGAAGGGUCUCUCCUGCCUCGGGCCAUGGCAUGACCCGGGGAAGCCACUCACCGCCUCCCUUGGCCCUGCCGAGCCCUUCUGCCUCAGAGAGCCUGAUGCCGGAGGCCACUGCCUUCCAGCAGAAUCCCAUUUUGGAUGAUGCAGCCACAUCACCGCGCUGUCAUUUGCUUCACCUUCAGUACUGUAUAUCCUAACCCCGCAGCUUCGAGGCAUUUGCAGGCAUCCAGGCAUUUCCCACACACCUCCUUGCCCUAGAAUGCUGGUCCUGGUUUGCCAGAUGCCCGCUGCCGACUGCUGCGGCCGCCGCCGGCUCUCCCGUGCCCCGCUCUCUGGCGCUCGGGCGCUGCGUGGCAUGGGGAUCCGGUGGGAAGGAGGGACUGCAUCUGCAGCACAGACCUCCCCACCUCCUUCCCGAAAGCGAUGCUGCUGGAGGCUCCUUCAGGGAUGCCGUCCCGCCAGACUAUUAUUAAAAGGCCGAAGGAGUCCCGGACACCAGCUGCGUGCUCCCUUCCUCCUGUUUUUACUCUCUGUGCUGGCCCCCUGUCCCGCCGGAGGGGCAGGCUCGGUUGCCGGGGGCUCCGUCGAGGUUUCCCCGGGCACAGGGGAGCGCCGCUCUGCCCUGCGCUGCUGGCCGCUGACAGCCUGGCGGUCUGCCUCCUCCUCCUCCCUCAGCUGGCCGCGACGGAGGCUUAAAGGAAAAAAAAAAAAAGAAAGAAACCCGAAAAAAACCUCGUGGGGUCACUAGGAGGAGGAAAAAAUUCCUCGUCAUGUCUGCACUGUCUACGAAAACGUCCCGAGAAGGAAGAGGAGGAUCCCGCCCCGCCGAGACCGCAGGGUUCGACGGAGGGGGUGGGCGCUGGCUGCGCGGCCGGGGCGUCCCCCCGCCUUUGGACGGGAGGGGCUCUGCCUUCCCGCGGAGCCGAGAAGAAGGGGCCGAGCCAUCCUGCUCCCCGCCCCGGAGGGGGUGAGCGCCUCCUGCUCGGCGCCGGGGACUCGGCGGGGCAGGGUGCCCGGGCCGUCCCCUCGCUGCGGCCGCCGUCUAUGAGGCACCAGCGAGCGUCCCUCCUGCGCCGGGAGGCGACACAGCCCCGGCGGGCAGGGCUAGACCGGGGGGGCCGUGCGGCGGGUGGCACCCCCCUUCUCUCUUCCUCCUCCUCCUCUUCUUCCUCCUCCUCCUCUUAAGUUGGCCACGGCGGCGCGGGGCGGUGCGCUUCGCCCUGCGCCGGCGGCGGGGGAUGUGCGGGCGGCGGCGGGAUGGCCUCGGCCGUGUUUGAGGGCACCUCGCUGGUGAACAUGUACGUGCGGGGCUGCUGGGUGAACGGCAUCCGGCGGCUCAUCAUCAGCCGGCGGGGCGACGAGGAGGAGUUCUACGAGAUCCGCACCGAGUGGUCGGACCGCAACAUCCUCUACCUGCACCGCAGCUACUCCGACCUCGGCCGCCUCUUCAAGCGGCUCCUCGACUCCUUCCCCGAGGACCGGCCCGAGCUGUCCCGCUCCCCCUUGCUCCAAGGGCUCAUCACAAUAAAAGAAGCCCAUGAUAUAGAAGCCAGACUUAAUGAAGUGGAAAAGCUUCUGAAGACUAUUAUAAACAUGCCUUGGAAGUAUUCAAGGUCUGAAGUUGUCCUCACGUUCUUUGAGAGAUCUCCUUUGGACCAAGUUCUAAAAAAUGACAAUGUCCAUAAAAUUCAGCCAAGCUUUCAAAGUCCAGUUAAAAUAUCAGAAAUCAUGCGAUCAAAUGGAUUCUGUUUAGCCAACACUGAAACAAUAGUCAUUGACCACAGUAUACCUAAUGGAAAAGAGAAGCACCUGGAUGUAGAUUCAGCAGAACAUUUGUUCGAAAGUGUUAGUGACUUUACCUCAGAGCUGGAAGACAGCGAUGAUCCAACAGCUUAUGUCACCAAUUUGACAUACUACCACCUGGUCCCAUUUGAGACUGACAUUCUGGACUGAGGCUGCUCAGGGGUGCAGCCAGCCAGCAUCCAGCCAACCUCUUCGUCCAUAGGUUCUGCUAUCUCUGGCAUUGCAUCUCUGGGAAUAAGGCUGCGCAGACAAGACCAACAGCAGGGAAGCUGCAGCAAGAGCGCCACAAAGCUGGUUCUAAAAGUGUGGUCCUCUGUUGUGUGUUAUGGGGACAUCUUGUAAGGAGGAAUCUGCUUUGCUGCUGACAACAAACUCACGUUCUGUAAAAGCAAGGCAGCAGGGGCUUCUUGGGGAUCAAGGAAAUCUCUGCUGUGUCUGUGGGAAUUGCCACCCUGACGCAGCUGUCAGAAACUUGUGCUGUAGCAGGCACAAGUCACCCGUGCUCCUUGUGGUGCAAGUUGAGUUCCCCUUUUAGGAUACCACCAGAAACUUCCUCAGAUGGCGUGACCACAGUUUUUAUGCUUUGUAAGCAAGAAGACAAGCAAACCAGCUGAACUUUGUCAGUUCCCUCUGCAGUUGCUUAAUGGAGGUCUCGUGGGUCGCUUUUUGCUCGGCUACCGGAUGAUUGGUGCCUUACACGAGAUGUCAGAAACACCACUGAGUGCCUCCAGGAAACAGGAACACAUGAGCUGACAGCUUUACUUCUUUUAAUCACAGGCUUUUGUAUAAUCACUGAAAGGGCGACUGCGCUUUCCUGGAAUAAAGCAGUAAAGUAAAGCAGCCAGGCACUGGCAUUGCAGUGAACUGUGCAUGAUGUUUGGUACCCGGAUGAUUUCAGAAGUCUGGAAAGCCAAUGGGAAAGCUGAGCUGCUCCACUAAGAAGGGUCCAGGCUAUGGCAGGCACUUUGAUAAUAUUUUUUCUUUUCACGGGGACCAGCAUAUGUGAAUGGUGCUUACAGAUGUUUACAUCAGAGAGAUAAUUCCCUAUGCAUAUUUCUUCCCAGAGGGUGGGAAGGAAGACACUGAGAUUUAUGUUGUGUUUGGACUGAGAAAGAAUGAUAAGCUGCAGUGUGCCUACAGUGGUAGGAAAAACAGUCUCUCCACUGCCACCCUGUCUCAAGGAGUUUGACCAGCUUUCUGAGAACUUCUUGGAGGGGUCAGGUGCAGGCCUCCUUGUUGUGUAAUGCCAUGGAUUUCAGCAGAGAUAGGACAGUGGGAGCAAGAGUGGGAUUGGACCCUGCAGCCUCUCGACUGUUGAGUAGUGCAAUGUUAAAAUCUCCUUGGGGUCUCUCCCUUGCAGAGCAGCCUGAAUUCCCAGUGCUCAACACUCACCAACAUGACCUUUCAUUGAGCUUUUUGCCAUCUGUUUGCAAAUAUUAAUUUGAAGAGACUGAAAUGGAAAGAAAUGCAUUUUUGGACACGUUUCUUGGAAAAGAGGCUUGCUUGGUCCUGAAGAAGCUGAUACAACUCCCUUCCGCAGACUUUUCAUUUCUAUCUAUAGAAUAAGUCAAACAGAAUUUGUUAAUGUAAAUAAUAAAUUAUUGAGAAUCCUAAUUCUUUUACACAGUAUGUUUUUAAAAUAUAUUUUAAUGAAAUAAAAUAUAACUCACCUUCAGUACA